AAACAAAGCCGAAGUUUGGGUUUCGGAAUCGCAGAGACGCGCGCGCCCCGAGGGUUACCUUCUUCGGGUGUUUUCGGAACUCACCCGUAGUCCGUGGCUGGGAGGAGGAGGACCGCCCCCGUCUUCUUCCUAGUCGCUUCGGAUAUUUCCGGCUGCUGCCGGCGGAAAGAGCCGAGGACCGGCGGUGGUGGCGGCCAUGUUGGGAGCAGCAGGUCCGGCGGCGGCUGCCUGUGUGCCGGGCGCGGAGCAGUGCCGCUGAGGGCAGGGGAGGAGCGAGGCAGGCGGCCGGCUGCGGCGGCAGAGAGUAGGCGGAGCAGCGCGGCCCGGCCAAAAGUCGGCACAGCCCAGCCGGGGGUCGGGGGGGUGCGGUCCGGAGCCGCUCGGAGCCGGCGCGGCCUAGCCCGAGCGGCGCAUCCCCGGGCUGGCGUGAACGGCUGCCCGGCCUCCCCGCACCCCCGGCCGGGGCCCAUGCGGCGGGUGCCCCUGCUGUGAGAAGCCCCGCCCGGCCGGGCUUCGCGCCUUCUUUCCCUCCUUUCCUCCAAGCUUCUGGUUCCCUCCCCUGAGACACCGGCGCCAUGUCCAGCGCCCGGACCCCCCUACCCACGCUGAACGAGAGGGACACGGAGCAGCCCACCGGGGGACAUCUGGACUCCAAGCCCAGCAGCAAGUCCAACAUGCUGCGGGGCCGCAACCUGGUCACCUCUGCCGAUGAGCAGCCCCAUAUUGGCAACUACCGGCUCCUAAAGACCAUUGGCAAGGGUAACUUCGCCAAGGUGAAGUUGGCCCGGCACAUCCUGACUGGGAAAGAGGUGGCUGUGAAGAUCAUUGAUAAGACUCAGCUGAACUCCUCCAGCCUCCAGAAACUCUUCCGUGAAGUAAGAAUAAUGAAGGUUCUGAAUCAUCCCAACAUAGUUAAAUUGUUUGAGGUGAUUGAGACUGAGAAAACGCUCUACCUUGUCAUGGAGUACGCUAGUGGAGGAGAGGUGUUCGAUUACCUAGUGGCUCAUGGUAGAAUGAAAGAAAAAGAGGCUCGAGCCAAAUUCCGCCAGAUAGUGUCUGCUGUGCAGUACUGCCACCAGAAGCUUAUCGUUCAUAGAGACUUAAAGGCAGAAAACCUGCUCUUGGAUGCUGAUAUGAACAUUAAGAUUGCAGACUUUGGCUUCAGCAAUGAAUUCACCUUUGGGAACAAGCUGGACACCUUCUGCGGCAGCCCGCCUUAUGCUGCCCCAGAACUCUUCCAGGGCAAGAAGUACGAUGGACCUGAGGUCGACGUCUGGAGCUUGGGCGUCAUCUUAUACACACUGGUCAGCGGCUCCCUGCCUUUUGAUGGACAGAACCUCAAGGAGCUGCGGGAGCGAGUCCUGAGAGGGAAAUACCGUAUUCCGUUCUACAUGUCCACGGACUGUGAAAACCUGCUCAAGAAAUUUCUCAUCCUCAAUCCCAGCAAGAGAGGCACUUUAGAGCAAAUCAUGAAAGAUCGAUGGAUGAACGUGGGCCAUGAAGAUGAUGAAUUAAAGCCUUAUGUGGAACCUGUCCCUGACUACAAGGACCCCCGACGAACAGAGUUGAUGGUGUCCAUGGGUUACACUCGGGAAGAGAUCCAGGACUCGCUGGUGGGCCAGAGAUACAACGAGGUGAUGGCCACCUACCUGCUCCUGGGCUAUAAGAACUCUGAGCUGGAAGGCGACACCAUCACCUUGAAGCCAAGGCCUUCAGCUGACCUGACCAAUAACAGUGCCCCGUCCCCGUCCCACAAGGUACAGCGCAGUGUCUCGGCCAACCCCAAGCAGCGGCGUUUCAGUGAUCAGGCAGCUGGUCCUGCCAUUCCCACAUCUAAUUCCUACUCCAAGAAGACGCAGAGCAACAACUCAGAAAAUAAACGGCCUGAGGAGGACCGGGAGUCGGGGCGGAAGGCCAGCAGCACAGCCAAAGUGCCCGCCAGCCCCCUGCCCGGCCUGGAGAGGAAGAAGACCACCCCCACCCCCUCCACGAACAGCGUCCUCUCCACCAGCACAAACCGAAGCAGGAACUCCCCACUUUUGGAGAGGACUAGCCUUGGCCAGGCCUCUGUCCAGAAUGGCAAAGACAGCACAGCCCCGCAGCGUGUCCCUGUCACCUCCCCCUCCGCCCACAACAUCAGCAGCAGUGGUGGAGCCCCAGACCGAACCAAUUUCCCCCGAGGUGUGUCCAGUCGAAGCACCUUCCACGCCGGGCAGCUCCGACAGGUGCGGGACCAGCAGAAUCUACCCUACGGGGUGACCCCAGCCUCUCCCUCCGGCAACAGCCAGGGCCGGCGAGGGGCUUCCGGGAGCAUCUUCAGCAAAUUCACCUCCAAGUUUGUCCGCAGAAAUCUGUCUUUCAGAUUUGCCAGAAGACCUCACGUGGUGGGCGGCGGAGGCGGCGGCGGCGGUGGUAUUGGCAACGACAAAGAAAAGGAAGACUUCCGCGAGGCCAAGCCACGCUCGCUGCGCUUCACGUGGAGCAUGAAGACCACGAGUUCCAUGGAGCCCAACGAGAUGAUGCGUGAGAUCCGGAAGGUGCUGGACGCCAACAGCUGCCAGAGUGAGCUACACGAGAAGUACAUGCUGCUGUGUGUGCACGGUGCGCCGGGCCAUGAUGACUUCGUGCAGUGGGAGAUGGAGGUCUGCAAACUGCCGCGGCUCUCCCUCAACGGCGUGCGCUUUAAGCGGAUAUCGGGCACCUCCAUGGCCUUCAAAAACAUUGCCUCCAAAAUAGCCAACGAGCUUAAGCUUUAACAGGCUGCCAGGAAGGGGGGGUUGGGGGCUGAGGCGGCCAGCUGGACUUAGCUGCUGGGGCCAUUGCGAUGCCACUGGCGAGACUGCGGACUGGACUCAGUGUGUCUCCCCCUGCUGGCACAACCCCUCCCCACCCUGCCCCUCAGUUCUUCCACAUCAGUGGGGACUGGGAGAUGGUUUCUUCCCCUGACAUUCACCCUGCCCAGAGACCCCUCUUCCCCCCCAGAGGCAAAGGAAGGGGAGUGUGAGUUGGGCGGGGUUCCCCUCGGUACUGCGGUUGCACAGAGUAUUUCUCCUAAACCAAGAAAUUUUUUAUUACCAAAAAG